GUGAAACGAGAUUUCGUCUGCCAUUUUCCCAAACAGAAGAGCUAAGUCAUACUUUGAAAAUGCUGAGGAUGGAUCCUGCAAUUGUCCAGGGUUAUCCCGAAGGAGGAGAAAUGUAUCAGUACGGGAAUCCAAAGCAGGCUCAUUUCAACCCAUACACAUUUAACGGAGGCACUGUUCUGGCAAUAGCGGGAGAGGAUUUUUCAGUGGUUGCAUCUGAUACUAGGCUGAGUGAAGGAUUCUCCAUUCACUCCAGAGAGAUGCCCAAGACCUAUCAGAUGACCGAUAACACGGUUUUGGGUGCCUGUGGUUUCCAUGGUGAUGUAUUGACACUUACUAAAGUUCUCAAGGCAAGAUUAAAGAUCUAUGACCAUGAUCACCACAAGAAGAUGACGACAUCCGCUAUAGCAGCUAUGCUGUCAACAAUGUUGUACUACAGACGAUUCUUUCCAUACUAUGUUUACAACAUAAUCGGAGGUCUUGACGACGAAGGUAAAGGGUGUGUGUACAGUUUUGACCCAGUGGGCUCCUAUGAGAGAGAAGCAUACAGAGCUGGGGGGUCAGCCAGUGCCAUGCUGCAGCCCCUCCUGGACAACCAGAUCGGCUUCAAGAACCAAGAGGGUGUAACCAAGGUUCCCCUCACACAAGAGAAGUGUGUAGCUCUCGUAAAAGACGUCUUUAUCUCUGCCGCUGAGAGGGACAUCUACACAGGGGACGGCAUCGUCAUCAACGUCAUCACCAAGGACGGCGUGAGGGUGGAGAAAUUCCCACUACGGAGAGACUAAACAAUCAAGAUCAUUUUCAUUUAACAUCACUGCGACAUGUAGACCCAAAUAUCAAGUGCUGUUCCAUUUCUCAUGUAUAUGUGAUGUGCUUCUACAUUACUGUAAAUACCAUGAAAAUAUGAUUAAACUUCAUAUCUCAUU